AUGAUACGAGAGGAUAAUUUCAACGACCUAAAGUCGCUUGGCAUCAGAUCGCGCGAGGAUUUAUCAAAGGAGGCAUCUCUCUUCCGAAACGUGAUCGACAAGUCACUCGAUUUGGCCACACGAUCGGGACGUAUAGGAAGACAGGAAAACCCGUUCUUCUGGAGCUGGCGAAAUGCGUUCGUCGCCGACGACAUCAGGGGCCUCUCAACUGAGCUUAGGUACUCGUUCACCAGUUUCAUCGUCAGGCAACACCUGUCAGAAGAGGCCAUCGCUUGUCACGAAAAGAUUGCCGAUUUCCGCAACCCUCACGAAUGGUUCCCGGCCACGAGGGCUAUGCAGAGAACGAUACAUCUGCAUGUGGGCCCAACAAAUUCCGGAAAGACCUAUCACGCCCUGAAAGCAUUGGAAGAGGCCAAGACUGGCAUCUAUGCUGGACCGCUACGGCUUUUGGCUCACGAGGUCUUUUCACGGUUCCAGGCCAAGGGCAAGCGCUGCGCUUUGAUCACCGGAGAGGAGCAGAGGAUUCCCGAGGGCGAUGAGAGCUACUUCGCAAGCUGCACGGUCGAGAUGACACCUCUCAAUCAACGUGUUGAUGUUGCCGUGAUCGACGAGAUUCAGAUGAUCGGGGAUGAAGAGCGAGGGUGGGCCUGGACCCAAGCACUUCUGGGCGUCCAGGCAAGAGAGCUGCAUCUGUGUGGCGAAGAGCGAACUGUGCCUCUCAUCAAGUCCAUCUGCGCUAAAAUCGGAGACGAGGUCGUGGUCCAUAAAUACAAGCGUCUCAGUGGCUUGAAGCCCAUGCAAGAUAGUCUGAAAGGCCGCUUCGAAAACCUGCGCAAAGGCGACGCGGUCGUGUCCUUCUCGAGACUCAACCUCCACACACUCAAGGCUGGCAUUGAAAAGGCAACCGGCAAAAAGUGUGCCAUCGUCUACGGGUCUCUACCACCUGAGAUUAGAGCUCAACAGGCUGCCCUUUUCAAUGACCCCGAUAACGACUACGACUAUCUCGCCGCGAGCGAUGCCAUCGGCAUGGGGCUCAAUUUGGAAAUCAAGCGAGUGGUCUUCGAAGCUGUUGCCAAGCACGACGGCACAAAGGUUCGAACGCUGACAUUGCCCGAACUCAAGCAGAUCGGCGGCCGCGCAGGGAGGUAUAGGACGGUAGCGCAGGCAGCUCAAGCCCCUGCUGCUACACCGACAUCACCUACGUCAAGCGAAGAUCUGGCAUUUACAUCAAAGACCCCUGCCCCGAAGAUGGGACAGGUCGGCCUCGUGACCACACUGGAAGAAGUUGAUCUAGAAGUCGUUCAUGGCUCGUUCGAAAACGAAGCAGAGCCUUUGAAGACGGCGGGGCUUUUCCCACCCGCCUCCGUCAUCGAGCGCUUCUCUUCCUACUUCCCAGCCGGGACACCAUUAUCCUUCAUACUGCUUCGUUUGAGAGACAUUGCGCGGCUCCCACCUCAUUAUCACAUGGCCAAUCUCCGGAAUAACUUAGGGAUCGCCACCCACAUACAGCCCAUUCCGAUGAGCGUUCGUGACCGGAUCAUUUUCCUGAAUGCGCCAGUAACGCUGAAAGAUAAUGGCAUGAGGGAGUUCCUCAAGGCUCUGGGGACCCGCGUGGCGAAUCACGACCCCGGCAAACUGCUCGAUUUCAAGGAGCUCGACCUGGAGAUACUUGACUACACCCGCCAGAGCUACCCACACGGUCGCGUCGAGUACCUGAAACAUCUGGAGGCCCUGCACAAAUGCCUGACGCUGUACUUGUGGCUGAGCUACCGCUACGUUGGCGUCUUCCAGAGCCAGGCUCUUGCUUUCCACGUCAAGUCGAUGGUGGAAGAGAGGAUAGACGAGUAUCUAGCCAACCUGGACUACUCGCCCGAAGUCAGAAGGGUGCGGGUGCAGCAGAUGCGGAUGGAAGCUGCCAAGAAGGCACGCGCUGCGAGACGGGUUUUCGAUGAAGACGGGGACUCCGGUCCCGAGCAACAACAGCAGAGAGUUGGUGACUGGCCUGCGGAGGGCCAUGAGGAGCCGCUCCUCAACGGCUUGGGCGAGGCGGAGAAGAUCCCGCCUACGCGUGAGGUUACUCCAUGA